AUGCAGUUCGGCAAAUCAGUUGGAACAGCGUGCAGUACCUUCGCUAUAACCAAUAUCGACGACCUCUUCGUCCUCGUAACUUUCUUCGCCGAAGCAACCACCAGCACCACCCUCUCCCCCCUCAAGAUCACCAUCGGCCAAUUCCUCGGCUUCACGAUAAUCGUAAUCAUCAGCAUGAUCGGGUUUGGCGUCUCGCUCGCCAUUCCCUCUGAACCGAUUGGCUUCCUCGGUCUCUUGCCUAUAUUGCUCGGAGUAUGGAAAUUACUCGAGGUUGUCUUCCCUCCUGAGGAGGAAGAAGAAGGAGCAGCGGCAGGAUCGAGGAUUGCGAGUAUGAAGAGCAUAUUCAAAGUCGCGGCUAUCACCGUGAUGAAUGGGGGAGACAAUAUCGGAACAUACGUUCCUCUGUUUUCGCAAGCAAAGGGCGCAGAGAUAGCGGUUUAUGUGGUUGUGUACUACAUCCUGCUCGGCGUGUGGUGCUUGGCGGCAUGGUUGUUAAUGGGGCAGAAGUAUGUUCUACGGUUGGCGGAGAAGUAUAUCGCCUGGGUGAUUCCGUUCCUCUACAUGGGCCUCGGGAUUUACAUCACCGUCAAGUCGGACUGCUACCCGUGGUCUAUCGAACAUAUUGAUAACCGGUUCUUGGCGAACCCGGGGGAGACUAUUAUGGCUAUUAUUUCUGCCGCGGUGCUUUCGGCGGCCAUCGGAACGAUGCUUUGGGUUAAGUUGCGGAAGAAGGCACUACAGUCUGAGUCUGCCCAGCAGAUGACCGAUGCUGAGGAUCCGCUGGAUAAGAAUGCAAGCCCUCCUUUAGAUCGCGCGGUUGAUGAUGAUGCACAUGCAGACAGCGACACGAUUGGCAUAGUAGGGGUAGAUAAUAUAUUACCAGUGGACGAUACACUUCGCAAGGGUGGGAACAAGGAUCAACAAACCUAA